AGUGUGCCUGGCCACAAGCAACUCAACCCCCUUGGAUGGGUGCCUGUACAUCAAGCACAAAUAGCGGCCCUCAUACUUACUCCACGGAAGAUAUGGCAUACAACUCUGGUAAAUAUGGAUCAUUUGGCUUCAAGAAGAAUACCACAGUUAUGGGAGUUGAGGGAGCAAAUUUACGCUAUGGAAAAAAACAAGUUGAUCGACCACAUAGCAUCGAUACUGUUCCCCAAACACAGACAAAGUUUGGUUUUGGUGGACCUAGACGUCCAACAUCAUUGACAACAGAUGCAAAUCAAAACCCAGAGUCAAUCACAGGUGAAAUACCUCAGUCAUCAAGUAUGAACAAAUUUGGGUUCAGGGGAACAAAAACUGAAAAGUUACGAAAUCACCAGAAUUUCAACAAACGUCCAGUUGAUGAUGUUAUAGAGAAUGUCUGGGUAACAAAUGGUGAUGACAUUCUCGAGGAAGAACCAGACACAUCUGGCAAUGUAGUCUUAAAGCCAAGAAUGACAAACUCUCUCCCCAAUAAGAAAUUUGUAUCAGCACUUAAAGGACCUAGAAUUAAGGCUUGCAAUACAUCUGGUGCUUUAGUUAAUGGGAUUGAUAGAAACAAUGUGAGUGAUAAUGAAUCAAACCAUAGCUUGAGUAAUGGAUCCAUAAGAGAUAAUGUAUCAGAGAAAGGGAGUUUGCGUAGCAGUAGAAGUGUACAAUCUGGACUGAGUCGACCAUUAGACCAUGAUAGGAUAUCCAUUACCAGCAGUCAAAGUUCUGGCAAUAUACAUACAUCCACUAUGACUCAUCCAAAGAACAAUGAGAAAAAUGGAUUAUCAAGUCGCAUGAAACUCCCUAGUCAGUUUUCGCAGAGUAGAAUCAAACCUUGUUCUGAGACGGACAUCGAUAUUGUCAGUACUCCACAUGGUAACAUUAUAGAACAAAAUGAAGGCAGUCCUUAUGAAGUGCAAUCGGGGAUUAAUAAUGUUGAUCCUGACAAGGAAACAGGAGAUGUUUAUAAUAAAACAAAAACAGAACUCAUAGGGCGUGUGAGAACAAUAUCUGUUGACUCUGAUAAAUCGUUUGAUGCCAGCAGGAGGGUUUUCACCCCUAGGAAGGGUCCCCUAGCUAACCUGAAGGCCCCUAUAGCAUCUAUAGACUAUAUAGAUUCUAGUUCUGUGAGUAGUAUCAACUCAGAUGACCUUAUGUUAGAUGUGGAUGUUGAACUUGAAGAUGAUACAUUCACAAGAGAGAGAAAUACACGAAAUUCUAAAGUGUCGCGAAUAGAUGGUGCUGAUGCCAGUAUUGCAACAGCUGACUCUGGUUAUGACACCCUUAAUAACACAUUCACGAUUUCAGCUGAACAACUUGCCAAAAAUAACGACCUUGAUAAGGCUCGCAAUGAUAGUGAAAAGGAUAAAAACAAUGUUGGUCACCUUGGUAACCAAUCCAGUGUUGGUAUAGCAACAAAUAUAGAUCAGGUACAAAGUGGAAGUGAUAGUACAGUAGCAAUAAGAGACUCAGCAGGUACAAUGGAAGCAUCUAGUUCCAGACCAAGUAGACUAGCCAUACCUAAAAGCAGGUUGCAGGCCCCUAGCAGAGUUCCAGGUCAUCUCCCUAGGCAGUCUUCCCUUCCUGCUCCAGGCUUUACCAACAAACUGUCCACACUGCAGCCCCCAAUCCCAUCCAGCCAGAGUCAGCCUGCAGAUAUAUCAACCCAGCAGCGCCCUUCAGUGGGAAGGCCCGUUGUAGGACCCAGUAGUAAAGCUAGUGCCCCAGCUAGACAGGGGUCUCAAGGAGUUCAAUUGAGACAAAAUGGUGGUAUUCAUAACAAAAAUAAUUUGGAAUUAGCAGAUAAAAGGAACAGUUUUAAUAUGAAUUUGGUCAUGCCAAAAAUGGACACAGCUUCCAGCCAAAAACCACACAUUCCAGUUGCAAAGACAGUCUCUGCUCAGAGUAGUCGGGGUAAACAAAAGCAACAACUGAAGGAGCAAAAACAACAACAGCAAAAAGAACAAAAGCAACAACAGUCAUUCACACGUGCAUCCCCCAAACAAACACAGCAACAAUCUGGAGCAUCAAAAUUGAUGUCAAAAUUAAGAUUCUCCUUUUCAUCCAAAAAAUCAGAGAAAGACAAACAGAACACUAAUACCCAGGCCACUAAGAAGCUACCUUCCACUGCUGAAAAAGCCAUAGCGGAGGAAAGGAAAGCCCAUAGGCCUACAAUAUCCCAACCUUCUGCAGCAGUACCUCCCCCACACCCCAGUCUACCUGUGACAGAAGAGGCAUCACCAGACCCACUUCUGUCAAUAUCCCCUCUGCCAAGUUUAGAGUCACUAAAAGCAAAAACAGAUGAACCAGUAAUAACUCCGAUGAAGCAUUCCAAUGAACAAUCCUCCCCAACCAAACCAAACAACCUAACACUUGACAUUACAUUCACACCCGAAGAACCUCACAUACACAGUCCAGAUACACAAUGCAUCAAGAAUCCUGAGUUAACUCGUGUCCAGCAUGACUCAGAAUCAGGGCGACAUAGGAGGAUAAGUGGACACAGUCUGAGUUGUGGACCUGAACAUAGGAGGUCAUGUAGUGAUGAUGAUUAUGUGAUAGUCGAUGGUGUGGAACACAGGAAUAUGCUCAAUGAACUCACCAUAUGUAAAACUAUGCUUUACAAACUUAAGAGGGCAUUACAGGAGGGUCAGCCUUGUACUCCAACAGAAGAAACUGUUCCAACUUCCCCACAUGAAAAUGCUCUCCGUGAAGAAAAUGCACAGCUACGUGAAAUGCUUGAAGCAUACAAGCAAGAGAUUGAACAGCGGGAUAGAAUGAUUGAACUUAUGCAUGAACAAAUGUUGAUAGUGAAAGGCAACAAUAGUCAUGUGACACUUGCAGAGGCCAGUGUUCAAACUGAUAAGGCCAGCAUGAGUGGGGCAUACAUUGGCAAACGCAUCUUGAAGCCCUACUCAGAUGACAGACAAGUGCAGACUAUGAGGUACAGGAGUGAAAUAAGUUCUAGUAUCCAAGAUAGGAUUUGACCACAUAGUGCCUGUAGGAUAUCCUCAUUAAUGAUGCAUAGAAGUCUCACCAGAUGAUAGUAUUUAUGAUGAUGACAAUUAGGAUGAUGACAAUUAAAAUGACCAACUAUACCAACUAAGGAUUUUAUCUUUUGAUUGCUGAAUUGAUUCUGGAGCUCUAUGGUCAGAGGAUCUAGGAUAUAUAUCAUGUUAGCAACAGUGCUGAAGUAAAGCAGACCGAGGAUUUUAUGCCUAUUAGAUACCAGCACAAAGUAUAUUGGAUGCACUGUUUAGCACAGUGUAUAUUGUAUAUAUCUUUUUAUUGACUCUAUACAUACUUAGCAAAAUCAUUGUAUUAGAAUCAAUAGAAGAGUAGCAGGACUAUAUGGAUUCUGGUUAUGAAAUAGAAUGAUAUCCAUAACAUAUCAAUUCCUUCUUUCUAUAGACCUCCCAAGGCUGGCCUUUAUUGACAAGAAGUCAUCAAUCAUACUGAACUUAUAGUUAUUGCUUAUUAUAUAUUAUAUACAUGAUAUAAGGGGAGCAUGCUACAUGCUGUAUCAGCUGUUAGAAAAGCAACAGGAAAACACUUUAUAACUUAGUAUUUUUAGCAGUGUGCAAAAUACAGUUCUUUGUCACAUUACUGUCCUAUUUAUAGCUUGUAUAACAUGUUCUUAUGUUAUGGUGAUUUAGCAGUCUCCAUGGUGCAAUUUUUGUAUUUAUAUCAUUUUAGAAAAAUGUAUUAGACAAUUAUUUAUUUACUUUCUGUGGUAUUUUGCUGUAUUAGUCCUGUCGAAGUAACAUUUGACCCAAAACUAAUUGCAAUAGUAAUAAAAUGUUGUUUUUUCAAUUCAUAUAAACAUAUGAAAUGACAUAGUAAAAAUCUACCAAAAUAUAUUUCGUGGAACAUGUAAAAAAAUCAUUUUUGGUACCCCCUCCCCUUGAAAAAUAGACCCCCAAAGGACAAAAUUAUUUUUCAAAUGCCUGCAAUUUUUUGAAAGUAAUUUUACAAUUUCUUGCUUGUAAUAAGGUAUCCCGAUCUGUGUAACUCUUUAACUUUGGUAUUCAGAGUGAAUAAGAAUAUUUUUAACCC